CCCUCCCACUGAGGAGCCAAGAGGAGGCAGACUCUUCUGGUCACGGUAACUGGUACAGCUGCUGGAACAUCUGCAACCGAGUCUUCUGCCUCCUCAACUGCAGUGAUGCCGGGCCCUACUCCUAGUGGUACCAACGUGGGCGCCUCGGGCCGGUCUCCCAGCAAAGCUGUGGCCGCCAGGGCCGCGGGAUCCACAGUCAGGCAACGGAAAAAUGCUAGCUGUGGGACAAGGAGUGCAGGCCGUACUACUUCAGCAGGCACAGGGGGGAUGUGGAGGUUCUACACUGAAGAUUCCCCUGGGCUCAAAGUUGGUCCUGUUCCAGUAUUGGUAAUGAGUCUUCUGUUCAUUGCUUCAGUGUUUAUGUUGCAUAUUUGGGGCAAGUACACACGUUCAUAGACUCAGCUGCAUCCAUCUUUCUGUCAGCAAUUGUAUUCUGGACCAAAAGCAUGGUGGACUUUAUGUUCAUGGAGAGAGUUUUUUGAAAGCUUACUGUUUUAUAAGGAACUUAAAAAGAAAAGACAAGUUGAUUUUCAAGACCUUUAUUUUAAUUCCUCUGUAGUGAACUUUAAAAAUUCCUUUGUAUCAAGUUUGUUUUCUGAAGCCCAUCUGUCAGAAGUUUCAUCUGCCUAAAGAUUUGCAGGUUAGGCAUAAUAAAAUGGCAAGUACAAAUGGAA